UUGACCAACAUAAGACUUGGCUUAACACAAUGGUACUCGAUACAUCUCGUGCCAUAGAUCUUAACGUCACUCCCUUCCACAAAACCGAUGAUACCCCACAGAUGAAUGUUGAUCUAAACCAGAUGAGCUUGGAGAACAAGAAGCUAAAGGAGAUGCUAACAAUUGUUUGGGACAAAAACACCACCCUCCAAAACCAUGUUAACAAACUAAUGCAAGAUAAUGAGGUAUUGCUCAAUAAUCCACAUAAAAGAAAGUUUGGCCAGUGUGCGGAGGGCUGCGCCAGUGGGAGCACGGAGAAUCUUCAUGAUCACGGAUCGUUGAAAAGGCCAAAUGAGGGCAUCACAAGAGUUUAUAGACGGAUAGACGAUCUAUCUGAUAAAAGCAUGGUAGUAAAGGAUGGAUAUCAGUGGAGAAAGUAUGGGCAGAAAGUGACCAGAGAUAACCCUUCACCCAGAGCUUACUACAAGUGCUCUUUUGCACCAUCCUGCCCAGUCAAAAAGAAGGUACAAAGAAGUGUGGACAAUGACCAUCUUCUAGUCGUGAUUUAUGAAGGAGAGCACAACCAUGAAAGUAUGGAGAAAGAACCCGAGAUUCAGACUAGCAGCAUUUCAAGGUUAAACUCUCCAAUGGAGAUGCUGAAAUAUGAUCAGGUCUUAGUUGAACAAAUGGCUAACUCCUUAAGAAGAAAGCCUGAUUUCAUUGAAGAUCUUGCAGACGCCAUUUCCUCCAAUAUUUUGGAAUACGAAUUGUUUUAAGCAUGUCAAUUUCCAUGUAUAUAACUGUGCACAUAUAUCAUGACAAAUGUCAAUGGUUUGGCAACGGUUCUUCAACGUUUAACAUCGCCUAAUGAUAUCAUAUGCUCGUGUUG